AUGUCACAGCCAUGGGACUAUAUUGCGAAGCUCGUCUGUAUUGGUGAUUCCGGGACCGGAAAGUCCAGCUUGACUAUCAGACUAUGCGAAGGUCGAUUUUCUUCCACACAUGAUGUAACUAUUGGAGUGGAAUUUGGAUCCCGCAUCGUUCCAGUGGGCCCGCCAGCUUCCAGAAAUCUGGAGAUAGACCCUCAAACACAUCUUCGCGACAGCCUCGCAAACUCCUCAUCAGAGCAUAUUGAUGACUCUAAUAACCCCCCUGCUGGUCUCCCUAAUCCUCCACGAAAGGUACAGGAGGUCCAGAAGAAAAUGAAGCUGUCACUUUGGGAUACUGCUGGACAAGAAACCUACAAAUCCAUAACUCGGUCAUAUUUCCGAGGUGCAUCCGGCGCGCUGCUUGUUUUCGACAUCACUCGACCGUCCACAUUUACUUCUUGUACACAGUGGCUUCAAGACCUGCGACAAAUUGCCGAGGAAGGGAUCGUUGUCAUUUUGGUGGGAAAUAAAAGCGACCUUGCGGGUGAUGGUUCAGACGCCAAUAAAAGGCGAGUCACCAGGGCAGAGGCAGAGGAAUGGUGCCGCAUGAACAAUAUUGUGCGGUACAUAGAGACUAGCGCAAAGUCUGGUGAAGGGGUCGAACGUGCGUUUCUAGAAGUUGCUGAGAGGAUAUACCGCAAUAUCGAAUCGGGCAAAUACGAUCUGAACGACCGUCGAAGCGGAGUAAAAAGCUUUGGAGCUACCGGCGGUGCGAGCAGCAAAAUGCCCAAAACUGUCACUCUGGGAAUGAAUGAUGCAAUGCGCAAAGGUGGUAAUAGCGGCAGUUGUUGCUAA